CCCACUGUCCCAGAUAAAUACAGCUGCACCUGACUGAUCUUACAACCUCUGCUUAUUUUGCAGUCCUCCCUGCUACUACUAAUAAAUACUACUGCCCUGAGGAAAUCACCAUGGUUCAGGCUAAGUCGUGGAUUCUGGCCAAACACUUUGAUGGCUUCCCAAAGGACAGCGACUUCAAGCUGAAGGUGGAGGAGCUGCCUGCACCUAAAAAUGGAGAGGUCCUUUUGGAAGCGGUUUUCCUCAGUGUGGAUCCAUACAUGAGACCUUUCAGCAAACUGUACAUGAAGGAAGGGGACGUAAUGAUCGGAACUCAAGUGGCAAAGGUGAUCCAAAGUCAAAACUCAGCAUUUCCUGUGGGGAGUCACGUUGUGAGUAGCUGCGGUUGGAGAACUCACGCUCUCAGUGAUGGGAAGGACCUCACUCUCCUCAUGGCUGACUGGCCCAAGGACGUGCCAAUGUCGCUGGCUGUGGGUGCCAUCGGCAUGCCAGGACUGACGGCUCUGUACGGGGUUGAAGCGGUUUUGCAAGCGAAAAAGGGCGAGACUCUGCUGGUGAACGCUGCGGCCGGAGCCGUGGGCACCGUGGUGGGACAGAUCGCCAAGAUCAAGGGCUGUAAGGUGGUGGGUUCAGCCGGCUCCGACGCCAAAGUAGCUUACCUGAAGGAGCUCGGCUUUGAUGAGGCUUUCAACUACAAGACCGUUUCCUCCCUGGAGGAGGCUCUGAAGAAGGCGGCGCCUGAAGGAUACGACUGCUUCUUUGAAAACGUCGGGGGCCAGUUUUCAACUUUUGCACUACAACAGAUGAAGGAGUUUGGUAGAAUAGCUGUGUGUGGAGGCAUCUCCACAUACCACGAUGCUGCAUACCAAACAGGGCCAUACCCUCUAACCACCAUUAACUGGAAACAGGUUAAGAUAGAAGGCUUCAUGCAAAGCAGGUGGCAGAGCGACCAUCCCCAAGGCCUGAAGAAACUGAUGGGGUGGUACAAAGAGGGGAAACUGAAGUGUCGGGAGCACGUCACCAAAGGCUUUGAAAACAUGCCAGCUGCUUUCAUGGGGAUGCUGCAGGGAGAAAACAUCGGCAAGGCCGUCAUCACUGUUUGAUGCCUCCACAACGGAUGACCUUACUACAAAAUGCUCUCAUAGAGGAAUAAUGAUUAGAUAUAAUUAUACUAACAAUAAUAUAACUAUGAAGAUCAGGUUAUUAGUUUGUGAUAGUUGUCAAUAAAAAUAUGAAACAUC